CAAGGUGGCCGUUAUAGCCGUGCGAUCGUCGCGUCGAGGUCGACUCUGGCCGCGAUGGCGACGGGUCCGCGCUGCCGGGACCACCGCCGGGCGCUGCCGCCGCCGCCUCCGCCGCUGCUGCUCCUCGUGGCGGGGAUGGCGCUCCUGGUGGCAGCUGCGCGGCCGGUCGUCGGGCAGACGCCCCUGCUGGCCGACCUGGCCAGUGACGCGACUCCUUGUCAGCCGCGGCCGGACUUCUCGUUCAGCGUGAUGCAGCGUGACGGGGCGGGCCGCGCCUGUUGGGACCAGAUCCGGGUCAUGACCUGCUGGGGUCACUGCAGGUCACACGAGGUGCCCGACUGGCGGUUCCCGUACAAGCGCUCCCACCACCCAGUCUGCAUCCACGACCGGAACGCCACGCGCUCUGUCACGCUGACCCACUGUGAUCCAGGCGUGGCCGAGGGCACGGCCGACUACCAGUACGUAGACGCCGUCUCGUGCAAGUGCGCCGUCUGCGACUCCUCCAGAGCCAGCUGCGAGGGUGCCAAGUUCAGGAGCACGCGCAGCUGGAGACCUGCCUCGUAGACGGUGGCAGUCGGCUGACAGAGGCUAAACAGCAGCCAAGGGGAGAGAUGCGAUUGACCAGGAGGACUUUGAUAGAAAUUGACAACCGAAGAUAUCGAUGGUUCGAAUCAGGCCGCAAAAGAAGAUGGCUUUCUAUGAUGAACUGAUCCCAUUUUCAGACGAAAGAAUGUAAAAAAAAGAUAAAUAACACAAAUGAAUGAUAAUAUUUAUGUUCACGGCAAUAAUCUCAGGUUCAUUAGAAAUAGCUGCACAGGUAACUAAAUUUCUUGCGUCUGAGUCCACCUAAACGUUCAGAGUGCUGUUUCUAAGAAAUGAAUGCGAAUGGCACGAGUGCAAAAGUGAUGAACAACUAAGAUUACCUCCCGCGAGACCAAUAGUCCAGAGUCGAUUUAGGACCAUAUUCACUCCGAGUCUUACGUCCGUAACCUUGAGUUUUACUACUUCGCUUCGAUUUUACUAAUUGUUGUCAACGCAAGGUUCAUGAAUAUGAAUGAAUAUGAUCAUCGUUCGUUGCUUUGAAGUGUUGACUCGUUUCCAGUAAUGCGGUCUGUAUGGAGAAUCGAAUGACAGUGGCGAGCGAGUGCCUAAGGUAUUCUUCUAUUUUUAUCAAUAGUUAUCGCAACCGGUCUUUAUCACUUUCAUUGUUCUGAUGUAUUGUUAAAAUUCAUUCUCGUGAGAUGCUCACCGAUUGAGAUUGAGCUGCCCACCGUUAUGUUUAUUCGUGUCGUAUCACUAGGAUUAUACAUAUAUGUUUUCCAUAGCAAUAUAGGUUUCGAAAACAUCGAUUCCACACUGAAGUCGAUGAGAGCACUCGUUACUCGAUAAGGUUAAUGUUCCGAUUUGAUUUUUUUUUGCGGACUGCCUUUCUUUUCAAAGCCAUCUACAAACCUUAUCGUUUGCAACGAGAGGCUGGCGGCCGUCCAGACAAAUGUAUGACGCAUCCGUCGCAUGUAUACAUGAAUGUAGAGCCCUAGUGCGACACUGCAUGUCUGCUCAGUCCGCCGACCUGCCGCGGGAGCGUCCCCUGUGGGGCACGAGGCUGGUAGCACCGCGGCCGGUCGGCGGCCCGCGCGACUGGCCCGCUCCAAACGACUCUGUGAUUCGCCCUCCAAGUGCCCGCGGUUGCGACUAUGUUAGACGGCUGGUGGUCGCUACUGUGGGCCGCUUGAUGAUUGAGCACUUGGUGGUUCAUAUUCUUUGUUCAGGAUUGAAUAAACUACGUUAUUUGACAAUCUGUAAUUGUUUUUGCUGGAUUAUCGAUUGUUCUUUCGCAUUCACGUUUUGAAAUAACAUGUAUCGAAUACAUUAUCUGAAUUUCUGGA